CUGAUGACAUCGGGUUUCUUACCCCUAUGCAAAAAAGAGCCAAAGGAGAAAGACAGCCAUAAAUAAGAAGCUAUCUUCUGUAAGGAGCCAGGACAGCUGCCUUGGCCAACUCCCACUCCAGCGCCAUGAAUGCUUCCUUUGCUCACCUCCAUUUUGCUGGAGGGUAUCUGCCAUCUGACUCCAAGGAGUGGAGGACAGUCAUCCCGGCUCUGUUGGUGGCUGUCUGCCUGGUGGGCUUCGUGGGGAACUUGUGUGUGAUUGGCAUCCUCCUUCACGGUGCUUGGAAAGGAAAACCAUCUAUGAUCUACUCCCUGAUUCUCAAUCUCAGCCUGGCCGAUCUCUUCCUCCUGCUGUUUUCUGCACCUGUACGAGCUACAGCAUACUCUAAGGGUGUUUGGGAUCUAGGCUGGUUUGUCUGCAAGUCCUCUGACUGGUUCAUCCACACGUGCUUGGCAGCCAAGAGCCUGACAACUGUUGCAGUGGCCAAAGCAUGCUUCAUGUACGCAAGUGAUCCAGCCAAACAAGUAAGUAUACACAACCGCAACCCCUGGUCAGCGCUGCUGGCCAUCUGGGCAGUGGCCAGCCUGCUGCCUCUGCCCGAAUGGAUUUUCAGCACCACCAGGAAUCACGCAGGUGUGGAAAUGUGCCUCAUGGAUGUACCAGCUAGGGCCAGAGAGUUCAUGUCCAUGUUUGGUAAGCUCUACCCUCUCUUGGUAUUUUGCCUUCCAUUACUUGUGGCCGGCUUUUACUUCUGGAGAGCUUACAGCCAAUGUAAAAAACGAGGGACAAAGACUCAAAACCUUAGGAAUCAGAUGCGUUCUAAGCAACUCACAGUGAUGCUGCUGAGCACUGCCGUCACCUCGGCUCUUCUGUGGCUCCCUGAGUGGAUAGCCUGGCUGUGGACAUGGCACCUGAAGGCUGGAGGCCCAAGCCCACCGCAGGGUUUCACAGCCCUGUCUCAAGUCCUAAUGUUUGCCAACUCUUCAGCAAAUCCUCUCAUCUUUCUAGUGAUGUCCGAAGAGUUCAAGGAAGGCUUGAAAGCCUUGUGGAAAUGGAUGGUAACCAAGAGCCCAACUGCCUUGGAGUCUCAGGAAACACCAGCUGCUAACACUGAGGUCCUUCCCGACAAGGUCCCAUCCCUAGAGUCCCCGACAUCCAUCCCAGGGAAAGAAAAACCCAGCUCUCCCAGCGCCAGCAAAGAGAAGGCUGAGAAGGCAGAGAUCCCCAUCCUCCCUGACGUAGAGCAGUUCUGGCACGAGAGGGACACUGUCCCUUGUGCACAAGACAAUGACCCUAUUCCCUGGGAACAUGAAGAUCAAGAGAUGCAGGGGUGCGGUAAAUAGAAUUAAAAUUCGAAGAAAAUAGUGAUUGCUGUAUUUACUUAUACUGCUUAGUAAUGCUGUUGACUUUGCCAUAUAAAAUUAUUACCAUUAAGAAUUAUAAAAUGCUUCACAUUCUGCAUUUUUAAAAUGUACACAUAGGUACGUAGAAUACGAUGUAAUAAUUAUGCUCGAGAAUUAUAACCUGGCUGUCCAAAAAAAAUCAACCUUAAAUGUCAUGUAAAGAUGCUGCCAAAGUAGAGCCCAGCUGUUUUGUCACUGGUCCAUGAUUUUCACUGGGUACGCUUAGGGCCAGUCCUAUGUUGUAUUGUGCUAGCUGAGAGGAACUUACUUUUGUCCAAAGCUAAGCCCAUCUACCUUGAGGUUCUUUCGAAACUUGCUGUCCCUAACUUUAUCGGUUGAGUUUUCAUAUAACCAAGCUCAAAAUGUAAGAACCUUAAUACUCGAUUCCCAGUACAAAAAAAUAAAAUUUAAAAUCUUUAACAUACUGAAUAAAUUUAAUGUUAUCUUCUUUCGCUUAGUAAAUGUUAAUGAAAACCCAUGUAAUUUUCCUGACCAAAGCUUACAGACUAUGAAGCACCACCUUGCUCUAAUUUUUGGACUAAUUUCAAACUAUGGUUAUUUUUGGCCAAGUCUAAGUAAAUUCAGACUUUGCCUUAUGCCAUAAAGGCUGUCUUAAUCAUCUUUUAAAGCCAUCUAAAUAAGUCUUCAGUUUCAAAAUCAGAAUUUUAGCAGCCUGCAAUGACACUCUCUACUGAUACGGAAAAAAGAAUUUAAAAAUUGGCUUUCCUUUUCCAAACCACAGGAAACAGUUACCCUCCAACAAGCAGAACUUUUUUCCUCCCAGUAUCUUCUUCCUCCCAAGAUAAAGUAUGGUUAAUAACAUAUGCAUGCUCUUCACUUGUCUUUCUCGUUAAAAGAUACUAAGUUUACCCACAGCAAUGAACUUAAACUCCGUUCACCUGACAAAAUACUAUAAGGCUUCUAAGUUAACUGUUCAUUUUAUGGCAAAGUAAAGUACAGCUAAUAAAGCAUAAUAAUUGUCAUACAUUUACACACCUCCCCCUUUUAAAAAGGACAUUUAUCCAUGAUCUUGACUACUUUCUUAUGGAAUUCUGGUGUAUUUUCACUGACAGAGUCCUUAAAGGGGGGAAAAAACCCUCUUAAGCAAGCAGUGGAGAACUUGGAAAUAUGAAAAAUUUAUAAUGCAGUCAGGCAAGGCGGUUCCUGGCUGUAAUUACAGUCACUGAGAGGAUAAGACAGGAUGAUCCUAAGUCUGAGGCCAGCCUGGGCAACUUAACAAAAUAAAAUGGACUGCAGAUAUAGUGUGCAGCAUUAAAAAAGAAAAAGCAAAAAGAAUAUUCUGUGCAAAGAACUAUUAUUUUAAUGUUCUGACUGUGGACUUACCCAUUUUGUUUUCUUACAAGAAAUUAGUUCAUUUUUCAAUACAGAAGGUAGAGCUGUUUUUUACUCAAUUCCUUACAAAUCUUAUUUGAAACUUGCAUGUUCAACUAAAUAAUAACUUAACCCAAUAAUCCAAAAUAUUGUUUUGUGAUACCAUACUUAUACAUGAGUUAUUGCAAUUGUGAUGAACCAUUUGAAUUAAAAGUUUUUCAUGUUUACUAGAUAGACUAAAUAUAAGGUAGAAGCUUCCACUGUUUGACAUUUUAACUUGUAAACAAAAUAAAAACAAUUGUGUUUUACUUCAGAUAGUUUUUGAAGGCUUAGUGCUGUCUGUGUCUGAACUACCACUUCAGAAUCAUCACUGGGACAAAGAGGUUUAACGGUGCAGCAGGGCCUUAACAAAGGCACAGGUUUCAGGCUACACUGAGUUGCAAAGAGGCUACAGACACAAGUACCAAGUCAAGAUGCAGAUAGUGAAACACAGUAAUGAUGAGUUUUUCACUAAGAACCUGACAGUGUCCUGACUUGAUUCCUUAAAAAAAAAUUCUGCAUGGAAAGCUUAAUUUGCACCUUAGAUAUCAAACUCAUAUAUUUCAAGACGAAAGUCGGAUUUAUAAAUAGAUAACUCCGGGAGGGAUAGCUCAGCGGUAGAGCAACAGACCCCUCCAAGCACUGCUGUGAGAAACGAAUGUGGUGAGUGGGAGAACAAUGCCAGGGGAAAUUCAGAAUAGCAAAAAAGCAUUCUAGAAAUGUCACCUUUGCAGGGCACUCACACUUCCUUAAUGGUUAUGUUCCUUUUCACAAGCACUUCAGUUUCCUUAUAAAACUUAAAAAUCACUCUGAUUUUACAAAAAUAAAUUUCAAAAAGAGAAAAAAAAAAAAAAA